GAGAGGGAGAGAGAGAGAGAGAGGGAGAGAGAGUUGGUGAAAGUUCUGCUCAUCCUGCACUGCUCUUAAAGGAGCUCUGCGUCUCUUCACUUCACGGCUGCAUGCUGAUCUCCUGCCAGGAUUAAACUGUGCUGAUCUCCAGCUCAGGAUCCUGCUCUUUUCCUCCUCUUUUUCUUUUCUCCAGCUGCUUUCAGAUCAGACAGAGAAGAGACACACAGGCUGCUGCAGGGAGAUCUGAUCCGGAUCGUCCCUGAGCUGCGUUGUCUUUUUCUCCAUUGGAUUAUCAGAGGGCAGGAUGUGGUGGCUGAGGCUGUUGAUUUUAGGAUUUUGGUCAGCACUUGUGGUGUUUGGCGCGACUGAAGAUAGCAAACCGGAGCAGAAGGAAGUCAGCAGGACCAAACGCAGAGGAAACACGGGACAGCUCGGCCUCAAGGGCCCUAAUGUGUGUGGAACGCAACAACACUCCUACUGCUGUCCUGGAUGGAAAACUCUCACCGGAGGAAACCAGUGUAUUGUCCCAAUCUGCCGUAGUACCUGUGGUGAUGGAUUUUGUUCCAGACCAAACAUGUGCACCUGCCCAAAUGGACUAAUUGCUCCAUCCUGUGGCUCCAAGUCAGUUCAGAACUGUAAUAUUCGCUGUAUGAAUGGAGGAACGUGUGCAGAAGAUAACUGUUUGUGUCAGAAAGGAUACACCGGAGCUCACUGUGGCCAGCCGGUGUGUGAGUCAGGAUGCUUGAAUGGAGGAAGGUGUGUUGCUGCAAACCGCUGUGUGUGUACAUAUGGAUUCACCGGUGCUCAGUGUGAACGAGAUGUAGACGAGUGUUCAACAAUCCCCGGGUUGUGCAGUGGAGGUGAAUGCUCUAACACCAUCGGUAGCUACGUCUGUAGAUGUCCUGUGGGAUACGACACGGCUCUGGAUGGGUCACGAUGCAUCGAUGCCCAUGCAGGGAUUUGUUAUGACAGCAUCCUAAAUAACCGCUGUGCAAACCAGAACUCCCAGCGUAUGACCAAGACCCAGUGCUGCUGCUCAUUGGGCCACUGCUGGGCAAGAAACACCAUCCCUGAGAUUUGCCCCAUCCAUGGAUCAGAGGAGUACCAGAUCUUGUGUCAGCAGGUCCAGCCCCUUGUUCCCGGUCUGAUUGUGCCUUAUGUUCCUGGUGGACCUGGCACUGGACCGUAUGUUCCUGGUGGACCUGGCACUGGACCUUAUGUUCCUGGUGGUCCUGGUACUGGCCCAUAUGUUCCUGGUGGUCCUGGUACUGGCCCAUAUGUUCCUGGUGGUCCUGGUACUGGCCCAUAUGUUCCAUAUUUUCCAUAUGGUCCUGGUCCACAGGUUCCUGAUAUUCCUGUUCCACAACCUCCAGCUGUUCUGCCACCGCUACGCGUCAUACCAGGUUUCCAGAACAUUUCAAACAUGUGUGAAGUUGUGAGAAACCUGUGUUUGAAUGGUCGCUGCAUUCCGGUUCCUGGGAGUUACCGCUGUGAGUGUAACAUGGGCUUCCGUCUUGAUGAGCGUGGGGAGUGUAUUGAUGAAGAUGAGUGUGAGCGUAACCCAUGUGUACACGGCCAGUGCAUAAACAUCCCAGGUUCCUACUACUGUCAGUGUCCUGCUGGAUUUCAGACCACUGCCACCAGAACUGAGUGCAAAGAUCUGGAUGAGUGUGUAGCUAACGGACGUAUCUGCAAUAAUGGACGCUGUGUGAACACGGAGGGAAGUUUUCACUGUGUGUGUAACGCUGGCUUUGAACUCGCUUCUAAUGGGAAGAACUGUGAAGAUAUGGAUGAGUGUAAGAUUAGGAACAUCUGUUUGAAUGGGAUGUGCAUCAAUGACGACGGCAGCUUCAAGUGUAUCUGUAAAGCUGGGUUCCUGCUGGAUGGUACGGGACGUUACUGCACCGACAUUGAUGAGUGUGACACACCAGGGAUGUGUUUAAAUGGCCGCUGUGUGAACACUGAGGGAUCCUUCAGGUGUGAGUGUAUGCCUGGUCUUGCUGUUGGUCUUGAUGGACGUACGUGUGUGGACACACACAUGCGCAGUACAUGUUAUGGAGGUUAUAAGCGUGGUCAGUGUGUGCAGCCGUUCUUUGGAGCUCUGACAAAGUCUGAAUGUUGCUGUGCGAAUACAGAAUACGCCUUUGGGGAACCGUGUCAUCCCUGUCCACCACAGACCUCAGCUGAAUUUGCUGCUCUGUGUCCUAGUGGAAUUGGUACUACCACUGAUGGCAGAGAUAUUAAUGAAUGUGCUCUGGAUCCUGACAUCUGUCCAAAUGGAGAGUGUGAGAACAUGCUUAGUACCUACAAGUGUAACUGUAACCUGGGCUUUGAGGUGGACCGGUUGGGGAAAACCUGCGUAGACAUUGAUGAAUGUGUGAGAAACAGGUUGCUGUGUGAUAACGGGUUCUGCCGGAACACUCCGGGCAGCUACGUAUGCCAGUGCCCCAAAGGCUUUGAAUUCAAGCCUGAGACCGAUGUAUGUGAGGAUAUUGAUGAGUGUCUGUCCAAUCCCUGUGUGAAUGGAGACUGUAAAAACUCUAUGGGUAGCUUCGCCUGUGAAUGUGGCACCGGCAGCAGUCUGGACUCCACUGGGACCCAGUGUAUUGAGACAAGUAAGAGUACGUGCUGGUUGAAGGUGGUGAACAAUAAGUGUGAGGUGAACAUUAAUGGAGCGACGCUGAAAUCUGAAUGUUGUGCUACACUCGGAGCUGCCUGGGGGUCUCCAUGUAAACUGUGUGAAAAAGAUACUCAUUGCCCUAGAGGACACAUCCGAACUAAAGGAACGGUUUGUGAAGAUGUGAACGAGUGUGAGGUGUUUCCGGGUUUGUGUAUUAAUGGAAAGUGUAUAAACUCAGCUGGGUCGUUUUUCUGUCAGUGUCCCCCUGGAAUGACCAUUGACGCAUCAGGCAGAAUAUGCAUCGAUCUGCGUACAGAGCACUGUUAUCUGUCCCAUGAGGACGAGCGAUGUGCAGCUCCGAUCCCGGGCCGUCACCGGGUGGAUGCGUGUUGCUGUUCAGUGGGCGUGGCCUGGGGACCGGAGUGUGACGAGUGUCCUGAGAAAGGCUCGACUGAAUAUAACCGCCUGUGUCCCCGGGGCCCAGGGUUCUCUCACCGCGGUGACUUUAUCAACGGAAAACCUUUACUGAAAGAUAUAAACGAGUGUAAGAUGAUCCACAACCUCUGCACCAACGGAAAGUGCCGGAACACCAUCGGAAGUUUCCGAUGCAGAUGUAACAGUGGCUUUGACCUUGAUGCAGAUGAGAGGAACUGCACAGAUAUCGAUGAGUGUCGUAUCUCUCCUGAUGUGUGUGGUCACGGGACGUGUGUGAACACAGCAGGAGAUUUCGAGUGCGAGUGUUUCCCUGGUUAUGAAAGUGGCUUCAUGAUGAUGAAGAACUGUAUGGAUAUUGAUGAGUGUGACAGAAACCCGCUCCUGUGUCGUGGAGGUGUUUGUUUGAACACUGAGGGAAGUUUCGUCUGCGUCUGUCCUCCAGGACACGAGGUUUCUACUGACGGAACUGCCUGCCUGGACAUUAAUGAGUGUGAGCUGAGUGAUAAACUUUGCAGAAAUGGAAAGUGUGUGAAUAUAAUAGGACGCUACCAAUGUUCCUGCAACACCGGCUACAAAUCCACAGAGGACCAACUGUCCUGUAUCGAUAUUGAUGAGUGUACAAUCCUGAAUGGCGGCUGUGAGACGACCUGCACUAACUCGGAUGGCAGCUAUGAGUGUAGCUGUCGCCGUGGAUACGCUCUGAUGCCUGAUCAACGCAGUUGUACUGAUAUCGAUGAAUGUGAGGACAGUCCAGAUAUCUGUGAUGGUGGUCAGUGCACCAACAUUCCAGGAGAGUUUCAGUGUCUCUGCUUUGAUGGUUACAUGUCCUCUGAAGAUAUGAAGGCCUGCCAGGAUGUGGACGAGUGUAGGCUAAACCCUAAUAUCUGUCUGAAUGGGAAGUGUGAGAACUCCAAAGGAUCUUUUAUCUGUCACUGUGAACUUGGAUACUCUGUCCGAAAGGGAACAACUGGCUGCACAGAUGUUAAUGAGUGUGAAAUCGGAGCUCAUAAUUGUGCUAGACAUGCCACUUGCACCAACACAGCUGGAAGCUUCAAAUGCAGCUGUGGACCUGGAUGGAUCGGGGACGGGAUCGUCUGCACAGAUCUGGAUGAGUGCUCUAAUGGUACACACCAGUGCAACUCCAACGCAGAGUGUAUGAACACCAUGGGAUCGUACCGCUGCAUGUGUAAGGAAGGAUUCGCUGGAGAUGGGUUUUACUGCACAGACAUUGACGAGUGUGCAGAGAAUGUGAAUCUGUGUGAGAACGGUCACUGCCUGAACAUUGCCGGCGCUUACCGUUGUGACUGUGACAUGGGCUUUAUAGUAACACAUGAUGGACAAGCGUGUGAAGACAUCGAUGAGUGUUCGUUUGCUGAUAUCUGUGUGAACGGACGGUGUCAGAAUAUUCCAGGGUUGUUCAGAUGUGUUUGUCACAUUGGCUACGAGCUGGACCACAGCGGUGGGAACUGUACAGAUGUAAACGAGUGUGCAGAUCCCACCACAUGUAUCAGUGGCUUCUGUGUGAACACUCCUGGUAGCUACACCUGUAACUGCCCCCCUGACUUCCAGCUCAACCCUACAGGAGUCGGCUGUGUGGACACUCGCUCUGGGAAUUGCUUUCUUGAAACCCGUUCCCGUGGUGACGCGUCUGAGAGUUUGCACUGUUCCAAUGAGAUUGGUGUGGGGGUGUCCAAAGCGUCCUGCUGCUGCUCAUUGGGACAGGGAUGGGGAAACCCAUGUGAGGCCUGUCCACCACUUAACUCCACUGGGUAUAAAAAUCUGUGUCCCGGUGGAGAAGGUUUCAGGCCCAACCCUAUUACAGUCAUAGUAGAGGACAUUGAUGAGUGUCAGGAGCUGCCCGGUUUGUGUCAGGGUGGAGUCUGUAUCAACACAUUUGGGAGUUUUCAGUGUGAGUGUCCGAAAGGCUUCGCUCUCAAAGAGGAUACACGAGUGUGUGAAGAUGUGAAUGAAUGUGAGAAGCCUGGGAUCUGUGGUCCAGGUCAGUGCUACAACACUAUUGGGAACUACACCUGCAUCUGUCCUCCAGAUUACAUGCAGGUUAAUGGAGGAAACAACUGCAUGGACAUGCGACGCAGUCUGUGUUACAGGAACUAUUACAUGGAGAAUUCCACAUGUGAUGGUGAGCUCACGUUCAACAUGACAAAGAAAAUGUGCUGCUGCUCCUAUAACAUCGGCCGAGCUUGGAACAAACCAUGUGAACGGUGUCCUACACCCAGUACCAACGAGUUUGCAAUUCUGUGUGGAAGCGAGAGGCCAGGAUACCAAAUCGAUAUCUACACUGGACAAGUGAUCGAUAUCGACGAGUGCCAUGAGAUCCCAGGAGUGUGUGAGAGUGGAGUAUGUAUCAACCUUAUUGGUAGUUUCCGGUGUGAAUGUCCAAUGGGCUUCGUCUACAAUGACAAGCUGCUCAUCUGUGAGGAUAUUGACGAGUGUCAGAACGGACCUGUGUGUCAGCAGAACGCCAGGUGUUUGAAUCUUGCAGGCAGCUUUCGCUGCGAGUGUCAACAAGGAUAUAGACUGACCCACACCGGACUGUGUCUAGAUCGUAACGAGUGUGUAGAGAACCCUAAUGUGUGUAGUCCAGGUCAGUGUAUUGAUCUGGUGGGAGGAUAUCGGUGUCUCUGCCCCAAUGGUUACAAAGCCAAUACAUCCCCUGCCAUGUGCAUAGAUGUGGACGAGUGUGAGAGACAGCCAUGUGGUAAUGGAACAUGUAAGAACAUCAUCGGCUCCUACACCUGCCUCUGCUAUUCAGGGUUCGAACUGUCGCACAAUGAUGACUGCAUUGACAUUGAUGAGUGUACCUCACAGUCUGGAAUAUGUCGCAAUGGGAACUGUAUCAACAUCGUGGGCUCCUUCACAUGUGUGUGUCGUGAUGGUUAUGAACUCUCUGCAAACGGCCGUGUGUGUGUGGACAUUAACGAAUGUGAUAUAAAUCCUGGAACUUGUAGUCCAGGAACUUGCCAUAAUCUGGAUGGCUCCUACAGGUGUAUCUGCCCUCCUGGAUAUUACCUCAAAGAUGAAAAGUGUGUAGAUAUUGACGAUUGUGCUCAGACUCCAGAUAUCUGUAUCUUUGGACAAUGCCAGAAUACAGCAGGAAGCUUCAAGUGCAUCUGUCCUGAAGGUUUCCAGCUCUCCUCGUCAGGGAGGAGGUGUGUGGAUAAACGAGUGAGUUUUUGCUACACUAAGUUUGAAAACAGUCGAUGUUCAGCUCCGAAGCCUCUGAACACCACUAAAGGAGAAUGCUGCUGCAGUGCUAUGCCUGGUCAGGGAUGGGGAGACCCCUGUGACCUCUGUCCCAACAGGACGUCUAAUGAUUUCAGCAUGCUCUGCUACAGUACAGGACAGCCGUACGGGACAGACGAUGGCCCUGAGGACACGGACGAGUGCAAAGACCCGAACAUCUGUCACAACGCUCAGUGUAUAAACACAGACGGCUCAUUUCGCUGUGACUGUCACAUCGGAUACACUCUGGACUCCUCAGGGGCAAACUGCACAGAUACAGACGAGUGCAGCGUGGGAAACCCAUGUGGUAAUGGAACCUGCACUAAUGUGAUUGGAGGAUUUGAGUGUGCUUGUGACGAGGGAUUCGAACCCGGACCCAUGAUGACAUGUGAAGAUGUGAAUGAGUGUUCCCAGAAUCCUUUGCUCUGUGCCUUCCGCUGCAUGAACACAUACGGUUCCUACGAGUGUAAAUGUCCUGCGGGAUAUGUGCUCCGAGAAGAUCAAAGGAUGUGCAGAGACCAGGACGAGUGUGCAGAAGGUCUGGACGACUGCAAGUCCAAAGGAAUGACCUGUAAGAACCUGAUCGGAACCUACAUGUGUAUCUGCCCAGACGGAUUCACACGAAAACCAGGAGGAGAGGGGUGUAUGGACCUGAACGAGUGUACAGCAAAGCCCCGUGUGUGUGAGAAUGGUCGAUGUGAGAACACGGUGGGAAGCUACAGGUGCCGGUGUGACCAAGGAUUCGUACCCAGCUCCACACUUACAGAGUGUAUCGAUAAUCGUCAAGGUUUCUGUUUCUUGGAGGUUCUACAGACCUUGUGUCAGAUGGGUUCCUCCAACCGAGUGAGUGUGACGAAAUCUGAGUGUUGCUGUAAUGGAGGUCGUGGUUGGGGUUCAGACUGUGAGAUCUGUCCACUUCCUGGAACUACACAGUACAAAAAAUUGUGUCCGUUUGGUCCAGGGUUCACCACGGACCAGCAGGAUAUUGAUGAGUGUAAAGUGAUGGGGAAUCUGUGUAAGAACGGACAAUGUGUCAACACCCUGGGCUCCUACCAGUGUUUCUGUAACCCUGGAUACACCACCGACAUCACCAGCACCAUCUGCCUGGAUGUGGAUGAGUGUGUUCAGGCUCCUAAACCUUGUAACUUCAUCUGUAAGAACAUCGAGGGAGGUUAUGUGUGUUCCUGUCCACGGGGUUACAUCCUGCAGGAGGACCGCAAGAGCUGCAAAGAUCUGGAUGAAUGCUCCACUAAACAGCAUAACUGUCAGUUUUUGUGUGUCAACACAAUUGGAGGAUUCGCCUGCAAGUGUCCACCAGGAUUCACACAACAUCACACAUCCUGCAUCGAUAAUAAUGAGUGUACAUCAGACCCAGGUCUUUGUGGUCCUAAUGGUGUGUGUCAGAACAGUCCUGGAAGCUUCAGCUGUGAGUGUCAGAGAGGUUUCUCACUGGACCAGGGAGGACAACGCUGUGAAGAUGUUGAUGAGUGUGACGGAGAACAUCGAUGUAAUCAUGGCUGUCAGAAUCUGAUUGGUGGAUUCAGGUGUAGUUGUCCUCACGGUUACCUGCAGCACUACCAGUGGAACCAGUGUGUUGAUCAGAACGAGUGUCAAAGUGGGCAGGUGUGUGGUGGUGCAUCAUGUCACAACACACUGGGCAGUUUCCGCUGUGUGUGCCCCAGCGGCUUCAUGUUCACACACACCAGUGGAGUGUGUGAGGACGUCAACGAGUGUUCAUCUCCACAGAACCCCUGCAAUUACGGCUGCUCCAACACUGACGGGGGAUUUGUGUGUGUGUGCCCACCUGGAUACUACAGAGCUGGACAGGGGCAUUGUGUAUCAGGAGUGGGCUUUAGCAGCAGUACUCCACCUGCAAUAGAUGAGGAGAACUCUCUCUCACCUGAAGCAUGUUAUGAGUGUAAGAUCAAUGGCUACCCGAAGAGAGGCAGGAAACGACGCAGCAGCAAAACAACUGAGGAACACAACACACAGGGUGAACAGGAAGUGCUUACUUCAGCCAGUGUGGAUGUUGAUGACAUAAUUCGUUUUAACCUAAGCAUCAGUGAGCUAAGUGCUAAUGAUCACAUCAUUGAGUUCCUUCCAGCUCUUUCCACACUCAAAAACCACGUCCGCUAUGCUAUCGACUUCGGGAACGACGCCGGACUCUUCAGACUCAACCAGAGGGACGGAGUGAGCUUCCUGCACCUGUCCAAAAACAAGCGCCACCACCUUCUGCCUGGAGUCCAUUAUAUACAAAUCAGUGGCUCUCCUGCGUACAGAAAGAAUGAGCUGGAGGCGCUAGAGGACGAGAACGAUAAAGACUACCUCAGUGGAGAACUGGGAGAAACGCUACACAUUAAACUACAGAUCGAUUUGCAUUAGCUUCAUAACAAAGAAAUCAUCAAAGAAAACUCGUAUUUACUACAGAAACAGAUCUCCAUGUCCUCCUGGUCUCUCCACAGUGUCUCUCAGAAAUAACCCUAACAGUAACUACAGUAUCUACAUUCAACAGAACUGAAACCUGCAGCAUCAAAGUGUUUCUCUGAUCCAACACACCUUCUGAAUUUCUGUCCUUGUCCACUUCCCUAUCAAAAUAAGUGUUUUGCAGCAAGUAGCAUGUUGCUAAAGAUAUUUGUGCAGCCACAAUUGAUGCUAAGGUUCUAAUGGGAUUAGAAACUAAUAGCAUAUAGCAAAAAUGCUGCUAGCAUAUGGCCAUUUCUGAUUGCUAAAUUUGGUGGUGAUUAGCUGCCAGGGCAAAAACUGCCAACCAGCAUGUAUGCUAACUAGCUAGUAGCGUGAACCUGAUCUAGUUACACGUUCAGUCGAAUGCAGAUUAAAUGUUACUCAAAUCCUUCUAACUGGACAGCUGUCUGUUUUUAUAAUACAAAUACCCGAUAUUUAAUCAGCUAACAGAGUAAAAUGGGCUGCCUUGUCUGACUGCUAGUUAGCUAAUGUGCUAACUUUUAGUAGUCAGUUGCAAAGCUUCAUCAUGUUCAGGUACAGAUGGAUGAGCACAAAGCCUCUUAGCUUCAGCCACCAUUUUGAACAGAAAUCUGUCUUAGAUUGCAGCAAUGCUUUCUGGGUAAAUUGUGAUCCUGCAAACUAGUGUUGUCAACAACUCCAUGAGCCAGCAUGUCAUAUAGGGCAAGGGGACGUGAACAAGGGCAAAUAAAACAGUAUUCAAACAGUCAUGAUGUAAUGUUCAGUAUUAAAUCACUCAUGUUUUUUAUUAAAUCAACUCUAAGGCUUAAAAGUCUUUCAGUCAAAAUAAAUGUUCACAUGUCCUCUUUAUCCUAAAUGUAGCUGUAAUUUGAAGUUUGUUUACUCGUUGUGUUUGUUCUGGUGCUUGGAGGCUUUAAUACACAAACUACAUUCACAUGAGAAGCGUGAGAGAAGAUUGUUCUCAUGCGUCACACAGAGCUGCAGGUUCGACACCACUUUCCUUCACUUCUCCUUAAUUCUAUGAAAUUUGAUGAGAUGCUGCAAUCCAUUGUACUGUUCUUCUGGUCCUGAAAGAAUUAUUUUCUUUACACCAGAAAGAUUAUUUAUAAGUCAGGAACUCUGACAUGACUCUGACUUCUCAGAUAUGAGCACAUCACAACAACAUGGCAGCUCAGUCCCCAAUAAUAAGAUCCUUUACAUCGUUUUCUACUGGAUAACUCAAUUUUAUUUCAUAUUUAAUUCCAUUUGAGAUGUGAAAAUGUUUUAAGUACAUUUUUAAAGACAUUAUCUUCAUAAGACAAACUUCAGCCCUUUUUCACGUCAUUUCUAUUGUUUUUCUGAACAGAGAUGAAGAUUAGUUCCAUCCUUUCCAGAAACCAGCCUUAAAAGCUGGAACUUCCUGAGUACGAUAGAUUGCAGCAUUCAUUCACAAAUUAUUAAAUGAAGAAGAUUUUCAACUCAACUGUGAUUUCAUCUUCUAUCACACAUGACCAAUCACUUAGAGAGACAACAGGAAGACAAAUGAAGCUUGGAAGGAAGCCGUAGAGAUGCCAGGUUCCUCUGGACAGUGUACAUAUUUGUGCACCAUUUGUCUUUAAAUACUUAGCUUCAGAAGAUUUGUAUCAUUACUUAUGUAUCUUAAUGGAGCUAAUAAAUGCUGCCAUAGCCACACCCACAAGCAGCUUGUCACAUGUGAAUGCUGGGUAGAAGAAGCCUCCAGUUUGUGGAGUUGUUCAGGAUCACAAACAGAUUUUACACAUUUUGGCUGAAGGGGAAAAUUGUGUGCCAUUUAUUUUCAUCUGAUCUGUUGCUUUGUUUGGGAUCCAUUGUGGUGAUACAGGACUCUGCUUCUUUCAUUUCUGCACUGUCUCUUAGCUCAGUGUUUUAAUCAUAUUUACUGGUGCUAAUAACGUCAACAUUAGAUUUAUGAAUGCACUGCAAACUGAUGCCACUUAAUGCCUCUUGCUACUCUGCAGUAUGUGUGUAUUACUGUAACCAUGCCACAUUUUACCUGGAGAUCUUUUAUAAACAUGUGUAGGGCCCUGGACUGAAGGGGUCACAAUGGUGCUCAUUAUAAAGACCAACUACUUUUUAUUCUGAUCUUGUGUAACUACAUUUCACCUUUCAGUAAGAAAAGAAAGACAGACAGAAAAAGAGAGAGAGACCGACUACUGCACUGAGGCCUUUCAGGCCAAAAACACAUGCUCACCAGAUAGUCAGUGCCUUUAGAGACACCAUUCAGUGUUCAUAUCGAUGGGGAGUUCAGGUGUAAAUUCACAAUAAAAGAACGUUCUGGUUUUAA